AUGUACAGCCAGCUCCCGAAUGAGACGCUCACCAUUAUCUUUGAGAAUUUGCAGCCUGGCGUGCUAGCUGAAGUAAUGCGUGCAUCGCAUCGCCUUCGAGCCGUCACUGAGCGCAUCCUGUAUGCCAAUAUUGUUGUCGCAGAGAGCCUCUCCGCCGCGUCACUAAGCCCUGUCCACACCAUCAAUUGCUGUGAAACGCUCGUCGCCCAUCCACACCUCGCAGACGUCGUCAGGAAGCUCGCCGUCCGCUGGCAUACAGACCCUGGCCCACGCGAGCCAUAUCUCACUUCGGUCAUCCCUGCCGUCUCCACUCUCAAUCAAGCGCUAUGCUCGCUCAUCCACCUUGAAUCCCUCGAACUUGCGUUCGGACUCACCGGUGCCCCUCUUUCGCUGCAUGACGUUCUGACUCACUGCACCUUCCCGGCGCUCCGUCUGUUUGCUUUGAGCGGGAUCGGUCGCGGCACCCUUCCGCCCAAGUUCCACGCGCCAUCGCCGCCCAUUGCGUGGUUUCUCGCAGACACGCCCUCUAUCCAGCACCUUCGUCUACCUGACCUCCACGAGCGCGUCACACUCGCGCCCGCGGAUCUCCCCUUCCUCGCUACCUUCCGCGGAUCGCCCAUCGCUGCUGCAUCUGUCAUUCCCGGGCGCCCUGUGCACUCGCUCGCCCUCGUCGGCCACCAGUUCGUCACGGAGCCGGACCUUGAGCAUAUAGCGCAGUCUGCUGUGCGCAUCCGAUGGCUCGACCUCAGCGGCAUGUCAGUUACACCCAUCCUCCUACGCGACAUCUCGAGGCACCUCACUAGCAUGGAGUUCUUGAAAGUCAGGCUCGCGCUGCGGCAUACCCUACACCAUUCCCUUUCAGGUAUUAGCAUCCUCGCGGGCCUCACUCCCGUGCUCGGUGCAUUCCCUUUACUGCGACAGCUUGACCUUUCCCCAACGAGCGUCAUUGAAGGUGUCGGUUCCAGUAAUGCACUCGAGGAGUCCACAUUAUGUACGACAUGGGCGCGCAGCUGCACCGCACUUCGGCAUAUUAUCUUUCCGUCGCACACAGAGUGGACAUUAGCACCCGAACAAGUGUGGGUGCCCCAUGCGCAGGUACCUGCGCGGUAUACGAAGGCGUAG